AAUUAGAGGAUAAAAUAAGUGAAAGUAAACUUAAGAAUAAAAAGCUAAAAUCACUUUCUAGGGAGUUAGAAAACUGUUAUAAGACAUUAUCUCACCAGGAUUCAACAAUAUUAGCUUACGAAGAUGAGAUAGCAUCUCUUAAAACCGAGAUAAAAUCUCUUAAAUAG